CUCGGCGAUGAUGCGAUGCUCAUACUCACUCAUCCUGUACAAAGGCCCGCCAACUGUCCUCCUUCGUGCGUCUUGCCACCUCUAAUUCUACCAAUUCUACCUCCACCUCCACCGCACAAACACCUCGGAAGCGUAGCUCAAAUCAGCCGUCUACACUCCCAAGCCUGCACCCGACCGACACAUUCACCGCACUGGCAGACAGACAUCACCAACCAUGUCUGAAGGCACACAGCAACCGCCUGCUGGCAUCCCGGAGUCGCACUCCGCCGAGACUUAUCAUGUGCCAGACGCCUUUCUUGGCAAGCAUCCCGCGAAGCCUCAUGUUGAGUCACUGGACCAAUACAAGGACAUGUACAAGGAAUCCAUUACGAAUCCAGACAAGUUCUGGGCCAAGCUGGCGCGAGAGCUAUUGACUUGGGAGAAAGAUUUCCAGACCGUCCAUACUGGUACGCUGGCGGGAGGUGACAAUGCUUGGUUUUUGGAGGGCAAGCUGAAUGCCUCCUACAACUGCGUGGAUCGUCACGCGGCAAAGAACCCGCACAAGCCAGCCAUCAUUUACGAAGCCGAUGAAGCGAGCGACGGCCGCAUCAUUACCUACGCCGAGCUUUUGCGAGAAGUCUCCAAGCUGUCCUGGGUACUCAAGCAUAUGGGCGUCAAGAAGGGUGACACUGUUGCUCUCUACCUUCCAAUGAUUCCAGAGGCCAUCGUUGCCUUCCUCGCAUGUACCCGUAUCGGAGCAGUACAUUCCGUCGUUUUCGCUGGUUUCAGUGCCGACUCCCUCCGAGACCGUAUUAUUGACGCUCAAUCCAAAGUCGUCAUCACUACCGACGAAGGAAAGCGUGGUGGCAAGACUAUUGGCACCAAGAAGAUCGUGGACGAGGCUUUGAAGCAAUGUCCAGAUGUCAAGAACUGCCUUGUGUACAAGCGAACCGGUGUCGAGGUUCCGUGGACGAAGGGGCGUGACCUUUGGUGGCACGAGGAGACGGAGAAAUGGCCAGCUUAUUUCGCGCCAGAGAGCAUGAGCUCGGAGGAUCCUCUUUUCUUGCUGUACACUUCCGGUUCCACUGGCAAGCCAAAGGGCGUCAUGCACACAACUGCCGGCUACCUCCUUGGUGCUGCAGCAACUGGAAAGUACGUCUUCGACAUUCAUGACUCGGAUAAAUUCUUCUGCGGCGGUGACGUGGGGUGGAUCACAGGACACACCUAUGUCGUGUAUGCUCCAUUAGUGCUUGGCGUCGCCACUGUCGUCUUCGAAGGAACUCCCGCAUACCCGGACUUUAGCAGAUAUUGGGAAGUCUGCGAGAAGCACAAGGUCACACAGUUCUACGUUGCACCGACUGCAUUGCGAUUGUUGAAGCGCGCUGGAGAUCAGCAUGUGAAGCAUCAGAUGAAGUCUCUCCGCGUUCUUGGCAGUGUCGGAGAGCCGAUUGCUGCAGAGGUCUGGAAAUGGUACCACGAGAUCGUUGGAAAGAAGGAGGCGCACAUUGUGGAUACAUACUGGCAGACCGAGACCGGGUCGCACGUCAUCACACCACUUGGCGGUGUUACACCAACGAAACCUGGAUCCGCAUCCCUUCCGUUCUUUGGCAUCGAGCCCGCGAUUAUUGAUCCAGUCUCCGGCGAGGAGAUCCAAGGGAACGACGUCGAAGGUGUGCUUGCCUUCAAGCAGGCAUGGCCGUCAAUGGCACGAACCGUCUGGGGUGCCCACAAGAGAUAUAUGGAUACAUACCUCAACGUCUACAAAGGAUACUAUUUUACCGGUGACGGUGCAGCCCGAGACUACGAGGGCUACUACUGGAUCCGCGGACGUGUCGAUGAUGUGGUCAAUGUUUCCGGUCAUCGUCUCUCCACUGCUGAGAUUGAAGCAGCACUCAUCGAGCAUCACGCCGUGGGCGAGGCAGCAGUCGUCGGUGUCAAUGACGAACUCACCGGUCAAGCCGUAAACGCCUUCGUAUCGAUCAAGGAUGGCAUCGAGAUCAACGACCAGCUGAAGAAAGACCUCGUCCUGCAAGUCAGGAAAUCCAUCGGUCCAUUCGCCGCACCCAAGGCCAUUUACACCAUCCCCGACCUACCAAAGACCCGAUCCGGAAAGAUUAUGCGCCGAAUUCUCCGAAAGAUUCUUGCUGGCGAGGAAGAUCAACUGGGUGACACAUCGACUUUGGCUGAUCCGUCGGUUGUUGAUAAGAUCAUCGAAACCGUUCAUGAGAGCAAGCCGAAGAAAUAAAGAUCGAUUGAUGCGCAUCGUUUUAAUGUGUCUUGGAGGAUACCAUUUCCGUAGCUUAUCUGAACCGGAGCUGCUUGUCCAUAGUAUCAAUGAAUGUAUGAAGUGUCUGAAAAGGGUCAAACAACAA